AUGGAUGGUGACAACUACAUAGCCGUCAAUGAAACAUGUUAUUUGGAUUCAUAUGUGUACUUCGCAUUCCCAUGUCCUGUGGUAUGCUCAACGCAGGACUGUGUUCUCAAUAUCAAUCUUCCAGAAAUUUCCUUUUUGGGACAACUGACAGUUCAGACAAAUGAAACACACUUUGCUAUGUAUGAUCAUCUUUUAGAGGAGGUUGAGGAGGGGCGGGAGUCAGUAAUAAAAUUCAAUGUGACACAAGGAGAAAAACCUAUAAUCUUCUUUACAUGCAUCUACCUCGAUGAGCACCCCUUCGAACAUGCCACAUAUCGCUAUAUUUGGCCAGGUGUGGACGCAUUUUUGGGCAAGGAUAAACAGGUGCACAGUAGUUCAGAUAUAGCGCAGUUGCAAUGGACCGUGAGAAGUUGGGGACCACGUGAAUAUAGGAAAUUAGAGUGCACCGUUGACGACAAAUUAUUGUGCGCAGGAAUCACGACUUCUCAGGAGAGCGGAAAAUGCCAAAAAUCCUACCUGUUUUCUCAUACCUAUUUAGACGUACAAGAGGAGGGCGACCAGUUCAUAUUUACCUAUGCUUUCGAGCGAGCUAUGAACGCAGAGCAGGCAAUUAUCAUUUGCAAUUCUUCUAACGAUGUUCAGACGCAGACAGUUUAUUGGCAAGAAUACCGUAUUCCUUUCGACGCGAUGGCACUGGGGAAUACGCUUAAGGACUUCUUAUCGCAAGCUCGUGUAUUCGUUCGUGGGUAUAAACGUGUUAUCCGAAUAGCACCUUCCUCGACCUUCACUGUGACUUGCUCAAUUGCCCGCAGCAACAUGUCAUGGUCUUGCGUGGUCCCCUUCGACUUUGCGCUGCUGCAGCGUAUAACUAGUCAAGGCAAGAAGAUAAAUACUAUGGAUCAUACACUCGAUGGAAAGACCUACCAGAUAUCCGGAGAAUUGGACGUCUGCGAGGACAACGCAAGUGUAAUAGGCAAACUGAAAACAACGCGGGUAAGGUUGUUGGAAACAACGACCAGUUUCCACCGGCAAGAUUAUGUCCUUAUGGCGGCACUGCAACGAAUUCUGGAUGACGGACCAAAAACUAUUUGUGGCUAA